GUUCAGGGGUUCUGUUUUGGCCUUGACGCUCAUUUCGACAUGUCCAUUUUUUCCCUCUCCAUCGUCGCAGUGAAUCGAUACAUCACCAAUCUCAUUGAUACGGAAUUCUUACUUCAUUCUAAUUUACGAACAUAUUUAUCUCAUAUCAAGCCAGCUGUGUUUUAUUCUUCUCAAUGAAUUGUUUCCGGAACACAGACUGAAUACCAGCGCAAUUGGCCAGUCUCCUCGAGACCUCGACCAUUUCUCACGACCGUUUAUGAGUGGUGCCGUUCUUGGGGGGCCCUUCGUAUCAACGAAGCGAUCAAUGGGCUUGGACUGUACGUCGCCCUCUUCGACAGUACAUGGCCGUACUCAACCGGGUGCUCAAAGCUGAUUCUCAAGGACGCUGGCCAGUGGUGCCGCGGUAGAUCCUCGACAUGACACGACUCACUCGUUCUCGAACCCGUCAAGCCGCCAUGCUGGCAAGCUCAUCAACGGCACCGACAGCCAUCACAAAACAAGAACUAACCUCUGACUGUUCAGACAAACGAAAGAGGACAUCGCUUUCAUCACCAUCACCGUCAUUUCCAUCCCCGGCCAAACCAUCCAAACGCAUUAAGAAAGAGGAAGCUGAAGACGACGACGACGACAGCAAAUCAGUCCCUCGCUCCCCUCCCAGCACCGAAAUUGCCCAGGCCACCAAAUCAGCCUCCACCAACGUCCUCGAAACGAAGAAACUAAAAGAAUACGCCCAGUACGCCUCCCGCAGCCCGUUUCCAGAAUUCCUCCACCCGUCACCCGCCGAAACCCGACUCGCGCACCGCAUCCUCUCCGAACUGCACGGAGAGCGAGCACGUCCGGAACUAGGUGACAUUAAGGCCCCCACCACCGGGGCAGGAUGCGGCGAGUCUCCUUCUGUUCUCGAUGCCCUCGUCCGGACCAUCCUAAGCCAGAACACGAGCGACACGAACUCCGCCCUCGCGAAGCAAGGCCUGGACGCCGCCUACGGUUACAGCUCCGCCAUUAGCACAGCAGUCACUACAAGCAGCAGUAGCAGCAGCAGUAGCAGCAGCAGUGGCAGCAGCAGCAGCGUCAGCAGAAGCAGGAUCAAAGCUUGCAAAGAGGAAGACCCCGCCGACGAAACCGUCUGGCACCGCAUCGUCCAAGGCGGCCCCGCCAAGCUCGAAUCCGCCAUCCGCCGCGGCGGCCUCGCGGGCGUAAAGUCCCGCGCCAUCCUGCAGAUCCUGGACCAGGUCCGCCAGCGGCACGGCGUCUACUCGCUCGACCACCUCUUCGGGGCCACGGACGAGGAGGCCAUGCGCGAGCUGCUCUCGUUCCGCGGCGUGGGGCACAAGACGGCCAGCUGCGUGUUGCUGUUCUGUCUGCGGCGGGAGAGCUUUGCGGUUGAUACCCAUGUGUGGCGCAUCAGCGGGUUGCUGGGGUGGCGGCCCGCUCGGGCGACGAGGGAUGAGACGUAUGCGCACUUGAAUGCGAAGAUCCCUGAUGGGGAGAAGUAUGGGCUGCAUGUGCUCAUGGUGCGGCAUGGCAAGAUUUGUGAGGAGUGUAAGGCUGGGGGGAAGACUCUGGGGAAGUGUGAGCUGAGGAAGGCUUUCAGGGCGAGGGCGAAGGAGGAAGAUGUGGUCUCGGAUCUUCCUGGGGAUGGGUGACUCGUGAGGUAAGAGUCUACCAGGGCAGAUAGAUAUCCUUGAAGUCAACCAAAGCGUCAUCAAAUUACAAACAUGACAAGCAGGUUAUCGU